AUGGAGAGCCUAAUCGAAUGCCAUACAGAGGCAGAUGCAAAGAAGUACCAGCUGCUGGCAGACAUGAUCAGUGAGGAUGGCAUCUGUCAUGUCAUUGAGAGCAAUAAGAAGAGAAAAGCAGUCAUCUCCUGGCCCUUUACUUUGAGGCGAAGUUCCACAAUGUCAGAAUCCUCAAGUCCUCCAGAGUUAAAGGCAACUUUAUUUGACCAACCACUGUCCAUUGUGUGUGAAGAGGACAACCUUCCUAAAGCAAUCUUCGACAUGUUAACGAUACUGCGUAUACAAGGUCCCUUGACUGAAGGGGUUUUUCGUAAAGCUGCCAAUGAAAAAUCUCGCAAGGAGUUGAAAGAAGACCUAAACUAUGGAAGAGACCUGGACUUAAAAAGCAAAUCGGUGCAUUUACUGGCAGUUGUGUUUAAGGACUUCCUGCGUGGCAUUCCUCACCAGCUGCUAUCAUCAGAACUUUACAAUGAAUGGAUGUAUGCUUUGGAUCAGCCAAUCUUAGAAGGAAGAAUUAAGCAGAUGCAAUGUGUUGCAGACAAACUGCCAAAGCCAAACCUCAUCUUAUUACAACAUUUGAUGUGUGUACUCAAUCACAUUAGCACUGCUUCAGAUAUUAACAAGAUGGAUUCCAGAAAUCUGGCUGUUUGCAUUGCUCCAAACAUGCUCGUACCACAGGUGGAUAAGGAUCUUCCGCUAGAAACUCAGAAAGAGUUAAAUGAAAAAGUUACAGCACUGGUUGAAUUCCUUAUAGAUAAUUGUUUUGCGUUGUUUGGGGACCACAUAUCACAAUUACUUGGUACUUCUGAAGAGGAUUCCUUAGAAAAUAUUGAUACUACAGAACUUUCAUCUCAUCAAAAUGACUCUGCUUAUGACAGUACUGAUCCCGAUCAUGACUGCCAUGCCAGUGCACUAACAAAACACCACAAUGAGCAGUGGGGCCAAAACAGGGCUGCUGGCAAGAACAACACAGAAGAAGAAGUUCUAAAUCUCCUGGAUUCUACUUUAGACCAAAUUAAAUGUGAGGCCGGCAGCAUGGACAGAAGAUGUUCAGAACCAUACAUUUUUUCCACCCGAAAUGACAUAACAAUAGCAGGAAAGAAGCUGACAAGAAGCCACGAUGAUGUUACAGUUAGAAAACAAAGAUUCAGUGAUGAAGCACUGUCCACCCAUACUCAUGAAAGAUAUUGUGAUUGUGCUUUAUAUAGGAAGAAUAUGCCAAAAGGUCUAAAGAUUAAUACUAGCUAUACUUCAGAUAUAGCAGGCCAGCUUUUAUCAGCCACAUCUUCCAACUGCUCUAUUGAUAGUUCUUAUUCAGACUGCUCUGUCUUCACCAGCUCUCCAUUGGUAUCCCCUCUAAGUCCAAAGAAAAAUGACUUGGUGAGGCACAAAUCAUUCUCUAUGAAAACUAAAGACUUAAGUAACACUAUCAAAGCUGGUAAAGAAAUAAAAAAGCAUUCAAAUUCCUUUUGUUAUGUAAACAACAAAAAACUGCUAACCAAAACACAGAGCUGGGGUCCUGAUGGUAACAGUGGAGAAAUGCCAAGAAACGAGUUUAACCAGGAGUGUCUCUAAAAAAAGUCAGCGAGAGUUACAAGGUACGCAGGACACUGCUUUCCAUCAGCCACAAGUGGUAAAACUAAGACCACCAUCAACACGAAGAAUAUCUGUUGAUGAGGUUUUCCGAAUGGUAGACCAAAAAAACCCAGGUAAACCCCCAUCCUAUGAGGAAGCCAUCAAUAAAAAAUGCAUCCUCUCACAAGAGCAUGACGGUUCACACCAUGAGAGCCAGUGUAUCAAGCAAUACCUGUUCUACACCUCCUUUAGAGAAUGACUCUUCUGUACAGUCUUGUAGUGCUCAUCUCAAAGCCAGCCUAUUCAGUGACAAACAAUUGCCAAACUCAUAUGGGCUAACACAACCAAACUGCCAGUCUAACAGAACAAAAUCAGACCUUGUCAGGACCAAGUCUGAGUCCUGUCACAGAAACAGACAUGAAUGUAUAAGUCGGCGAUGUAGUCAACCUAUCUUUGAAAUCUAUGAUCAGAUACAGUAUGCUAAAGAGUCCUAUGUUUAA